CCAAAACUUUCUUUUAUUAAAUUAAUAAUUGACAAAUUACAAGAAAUCAACCAAUGGGAGGAGAGCAAUUUGAGCAAAAGGAAGGAUCACCGGAGCUGUUGCAGAGCCUCAGAUCCAAAGCGACGGAGCUUCUUUUCCGGGAAGAAUGGGAAGAGUCUAUCCAGCUUUACACCAAGUUCAUCGAUCUCUCCAGGACCAAAAUCACAAAGCUUGCUGGAUCCGACCCGGAUUCGAUCCAUAAGCUCAAGAAAUCCCUCUGCUUAGCUCUAUGCAACCGAGCCGAAGCCAGAGCAAGGCUUCACGACUCCUCCGAAGCGAUGCGGGACUGUGAUCAAGCACUCGAGAUCGAAAACACCCAUUUCAAGACUCUCCUCUGUAAAGGUAAAGUCUUGCUCGGUUUGAGCAAAUACUCAUCGGCCUUGGAGUGUUUCAAAACGGCUCUGCUCGACCCUCAGGCGAGCGAGAGUGUUACUGAGUACAUGGAGAAGUGCAAGAAGCUCGAGUUUAAGGCAAAGACUGGAGCUUUCGAUCUGUCUGAUUGGAUCCUAAGUGGGUUUCGUGGGAUAACUCCGGAGCUUGCUGAGUUCAUUGGGUCGGUCGAGAUUAAGAAGUCUGAGGGUAGUGGGCGUGGGUUGUUUGCAACGAAGAACAUCGUUGUAGGAACUUUGAUCUUAGUCACAAGAGCAGUUGCUACUGAGAGAGGGAUCUUAGGGAGUGAAGAGUCUGGUGAAAAAGCGCAGAUGAUUAUGUGGAAGAACUUCGUGGAAGAAGUUACUAAAUCUGUGAGGAGAUGUGACAGAACACGGCGACUUGUCUCGAGUUUAUCCACUGGAGAAGAGGAAGAGAAGCUGGAGAUUCCUGACAUAUCUCUCUUUAGGCCUGAAGAAGCAUCUGAGACUUACGAUGACUCGAAACAAGAUUUGGGUAUGGAGAAGCUGCUAAGCAUCUUGGAUGUGAAUUCUCUGGUGGAAGAUGCGGUUUCAGCUAAAGUUAUAGGGAAGAACAAAGAGUAUUACGGUGUAGGGCUAUGGACGCUAGCGUCAUUCAUCAACCACUCGUGUGUUCCAAACGCAAGACGGGUUCACGUUGGAGACUACGCGGUUGUUCAUGCGUCAAGAGAUAUCAAGGCUGGGGAAGAGAUCACUUCUGCUUACUUCGACGUGCUUUCUUCUCCGCUGGAGAAGCGGAAAGAGAUGGCUGAGUCAUGGGGGUUUUCUUGUAAAUGCAGUAGAUGUAAGUUUGAGAGUUUAUUGUCUGUUGCCAACCAAGAGAUUAGAGAGUUCGAGAUGGGUUUAGAGAGAGGCGUAGACGCGGGAAACGCGGUUUAUACGGUGGAGGAAGGGAUGAAGAGAUGGAAGGUGAAAGGGAAGGAUAAAGGAUUGUUGAGAGCAUCUUAUUGGGGUGUUUAUGAAGAGGUUUAUAACUCAGAGAGGCUUAUGAGGAGAUGGGGAAGGAAGGUUCCAACCAUGGAAGUUGUGGUGGACAGUGUCUGUGAUGUCAUUGGAAGUGAUGAGAGGUUGUUGAAGAUGUUGGUGGAAGGGAUGAAGCAGAAGAAGAAUGGAGGUUGUAGUAGUAGUAGCAUUGCAGAGAUGGAGAAAGUCUUGAAGCUAGGAAAGGGUGUUUAUAGCAAAGUUGUAUCCAAAAAGAAGGCAAUGAAGACUCUUGUUGGCCUAGAGUGACAACUGCAAAACAAAUCUUUUGUAACUGUAGAAGCUAAUUGUUUGCAAGGAUACUUUGCUUUCAUGUAAUUCCUUGCCUCAUGGAAGAAAGAAAUCACAUCCAAUGACAUUAUUAUAAGCUAAUUGUUUGUAAGGAUACUUUGCUUUCAUGUAAUUCCUUGCCUCAUGGA